GCUUAUGUCAUAGAACUUCAAGCCCAAUUGAAAAAUACCGGCACCAUGGGAGAUACUUCUCUUAAGUCAGUCCCGUUUGCUUGUUUGCCCAGCUGAGGAGCCAUCAAAAUGAAUACUGUGUGUGUGUGUGUGUGUGUGUGUGUGUGUGUGUGUAUGUGUGUGUGUGUAUCAAUAAACAACAACAAGGAAAACUAGCUACAAGAUAAGCUGGUCUGUCAUCUCUUCAGCAAGUGCCUGCAACAAUAUUCCCAAACGAUGCAAGCUUUACCUAACUGAAAACUUCACAAUAUAAAGCCGACAAAGCAAGUAACCUCAACAAAACAACUGAAUUAAUUUCCUAAUGUCACCACAGGAAUAAAUACUUCAAUCCUAAUGAACAUCAAUCUCAGAUUACAAUAGAUUCGCCAAUUAUACACCACUGUUUAUAUUUAACUAAGUGCGAUAUAAUCUUCAUGAAAAUCUGUCUGAGGAUUGCAUAAGCGUGGAACUCAGAGUCACAGAAAAAGUUGUCCUAUAUGUUAGUUCAAUCUUCAGAUCUAUACACAUAUGAAUAUAAUUAUAUAUUUGUUUUCACAGGGUAUUCUGCAUUUAAAUGUUCCUUUACUAGAUAAGUAUGGGUCCCAAAUUGUUGUUGAAGACAUAUUUUGAGACUGUUUGUCUUAAAUUAUUUUUGCAAUCUUAUGAAUUUUGGAAGAAGGGACCGACAAAUCUAAUUUCACUCCAUAUCAGGGUUAAAAAGUAGACUAUACAAGGUCCCCUAAAUCCUUUUUUUUUUUCACAUAGAUCAUUUAAUAUAUUCUCCUAAUGAUUUUAAUACACAUUUCUGAAUCCUUGAAAUCCUUACCCUUGCUCACUCAAAAUGUUGCCCAUGGGAGUAUUUUGGAUGUCCAUCUCUUUCCAGCAUUUAUGGUCUGUAGUAAAUCAGAAUAACUCAGUGCAAUCUAAGAGGUACAUGUAUUAGUGGCCUAAAGAACUGCAUGCUUUCUUGUACAUCAUUAAAUCGCAUGUGCUAUGGGUUUGAUGUGACCAGUAGACAAUCAUGGUACUAAGAAAGAAUUGAAAUAAAAUAGAAAACAAAGAUAAGAUGUUACCAUCAGCCAAAUUUAUAAUGUCCACAACUGCCAAAUAAUCCUAUCAAUUAUGAAUUGAAAAGAAAUUGCAUUAAAUUUCAUGUUUAAGUAUUAUUUUCAUUCAAGUAGGGUAUACAUGGCAGAAAAUCAAGUGCUAACUAAUUACAAACAUGACUUGUCUCAUGGCCAAACUCGUGGCCUGUUCCCAGUUGGCUUGAUAGCUCAAUUGGUAGAGCGCUGCACUAGUAUCGUAGAGUGCAAACAAGACAUUGAUGCAGCAGAGAAAAUAGAUGCCCAUGUGAUAUCCUGUCUUGUAAACAGGUGUGAUUGGAGGGGCAGGGUAUCUUGUUUGGAGGAUCAUUUGAAACAGUACCAUGAAGGAAGACAAGUGGAUUAUGCAAUGGCAUGUGGUUCAAAGGAUGGUGAACCAAGUCAGGAGCAACAGAAUACAGCUAAGAAGAUCAUGGAAAUUGAAAAAGUGCAAAGAAGCCAAGUUGUGAUGGUCACUGAGUUAAAAGAGCAACUUUCAGCAUUUGCUGAUGCUGUUGCAAAAACUCAAGGCUUUGGUCAGUUAGUAAAUGAUGUGAGGGCCCUGACAAUAAAGAUUCAGGAACAACAGGAAAUAUUGACAGGCUAUGCCUUUGAUGAAUUGAGCCAGCAACUGAAUGUAUUGCAGCAUAAAGUUCAAGCUUUUGAAGAACAGCUAAGGGUUCAGAAGGAUCAAUAUGGCAAAUGCCAUAUUGAGUGUUUAGCUGAAAGCGCUCGUGAUCAUGAGGACCGCAAUAUGGAAGUGGAGAUUCUUCAAGGCUCCAUUAACCGUUUGGAGAAAGAGCUUGGUUAUUGGAAAAAUCGCUAUGCCGAUUUAGAAAAAAGGCAUGUGGAUUUGCAAAGCAGCCAUAAUGCUUUGCAGGCUCAGGUUACUCUUUCCUAGGUUUCAUCAUGAGGCAUUGAAAAGGCUGUUAUUUACAGUUUGUUUGUAACUCUUGAUCUAAGUUCCUUAGCUGAGUCCAGUUGUUCAGAGGGCUGAUAAGGCUAUCCAAGGGAGAAAUUGUUAUCUAGGAGAUUAGAGGCGGAUCCAGGAAUUUUUGAUUAGGGGGGUCCAAACUUUGGUUCAGAAAGGAUUGUUGACUCUUUGAGGCAAA